ACAUACACAACCACUGGUAUUGAUGGUAACGUUGCUGACACAAAGUUGACUUGGGUGUGUGUACCAUCAGGACAGAGACAGAGUGCAGCAGUGUCCAAGCUCACAUCAUCUGUUAGUGUGCUUACGGUAAUGGGAAAGAUGGCAUGAGCUACUAAGAUUUAUUAGAGAUCUGCAAUAAAUUUGUCUCCUCUCUCACACUGUUAACUUAAUGUUACAUUCUAUUUUUACACUCUAACUUUCAGUCGGUGGUUUGGUGUUUUAACUUUACCAAUGACCUUCUUUGUUUGGUGAGGGAGAGGAGGAGGUGGUGGUAGUGGUGUAUGUUUCCCUCCAUAUGAACCAGGCAGAAGCUGGACUAACAUGUGGCUGUGGGCACUGCUCCCCGUCUGUGUGGCGGUCUUUGGCAGUGUGGGCAUUUGGACUGUGUUUGCUGUAGCUGUAACAAAUGGCUCAGUCAACCUCACAGAAGGAGUCCCUUACAUCAGUCAGUGUGGCACUUACAUCCCUCAGAGCUGUUUCUUCUCCCAGAUCUGCAACACAUGUGCCUUUUUAGCCCUGUGGAUUGUGCUGAUCCGUUUCCAGCAGGUUAGGGACUAUGGUAACCACAGAAAGGCCAACACAGCCAGCAUGGUUUUGGGAUUCAUCUCCUCUGUAGGAAUCUCCAUCGUUGGCAACUUCCAGCAAUCAGUUUUCGGGAGUAUUCACCUUCUGGGAGCGUUCCUGGCUUUCUUCUUUGGCCUGGCCUACUUCUGGGUCCAGCUGUUUCUAACCUACAGAGCUCCGCCGUCUCAGGACCGAUGCUGGGUCGGUCCUGCCAGGGCCACCUGCUGCACCCUCUGCACCAUCCUUCUCAUCGUUAUGAUUGUUCUCGCCAGCACAGGCUUUCACUCUGGGGCUGCUGUGUGUGAAUGGGCCUUGGUCAUGUUGUUCUUCGGCCUGUUUGGCCUUUUUGCGGCUGAGUUCAGACACAUCAACUACCACCUCACGGUAUAGGAA